UGAGUUGUCGUUCUUAAUUUUUACAAAACCAAAAAACAUAGUAAAAACACAGAGACCUUUAUCGUAAUCUGUAGCUUUAAAAUACAUGCGAACUCAAAAACUUUCAGACACACAUGAAACAAAAAAAACAGCAAAAUAUUGAAUCUAUUUGUUUCCAAAAAUAAAAUCUUCGAUCAAAUUCAACAUCUUGGGUAUUAUUAUUAUUAUUAUUCAAGAUAAGGCUGCAUAUUUCAAAAAGAUUUGAUUUCAAAUUCGGUAUAUUUGAUGGGUCAUCAUUCUCAUGGCAGUGAUGGAGUUUCUCAGAGAGUUAACAGCCCUCGUUUUUCCGGCCCCAUGACUCGCCGGGCACAGUCUUUUAAACGGAACCCCGCCACCACCGCCACCGCCCAUAAUGGCACCAAUACCAAUAACAAUAAUAAUAACAAUAAUAGUCAUGAGAUUGAUUUGCAGCUGACCUCACCUAGAUCUGAAUCUGUUGAGGUGUUUGAGAGGCAACAGAAUUAUAAUAAUAAUAAUAAUCAGGGCGUGACUCAGAGAGUUCACGGUGGGGCUGUUAAGAGUUUCUUGAAUAAAAAGGGCCAUCUUGGUGGUGGUGGGGUGGUGGAUUUGGGUUUCAGAGAGAGGAAGAAUUUGGGGCAAUUGAUGUUCUUUUUGUUCUGUGGAUUGUGUUUAUUUUGGGGUGUUUUUAAGAUUUGUGCUAAUGGGUGGUUUGGAUCUGCUCUUGAAAAAGCUACUGCUACCUCCUCCUCCAAUCAGGAUAUACCUGUUUCCAAAGUUCAACUACCGGGUCACUAUCAAAGUUCUCAAGAUUCGAACUCUUAUAGAAGUGGGAAGGGAGAUACUGGUACAGAGCGAGAUAUAAUGGCCGUAAGCUUAAAGUCGGAUGCAGUUGAUGAAUUCUCAAGUAUCUGGUCAAAAUCCAAUAGUGACAAUUUCACCCAGUGUAUUGGCCGGUCAAACAGUCGGAAAGAGCUGGACGCAAAGACUAAUGGUUACAUUCUCAUAAAUGCUAAUGGUGGCUUAAAUCAGAUGAGAUUUGGGAUUUGUGAUAUGGUUGCUGUGGCUAAGAUUAUGAAGGCAACACUUGUUCUUCCUUCUCUGGAUCACACCUCGUACUGGGCUGAUGAAAGUGACUUCAAGAAUCUUUUCAACUGGCAACACUUCAUCAACACAUUGAAGGGUGAUAUUCAUAUUGUUGAAACAUUACCACCUGCAUAUGCUGGAAUUGAGCCUUUCACAAAAACACCAAUAUCUUGGUCUAAGGUAAGUUAUUAUAAGACUGAGGUCCUGCCAUUGUUGAAGCAGCACAAAGUUAUCUAUUUCACUCACACUGAUUCUCGGAUUGCCAACAAUGGGCUCCCAAAUUCCAUACAAAAGCUGAGAUGCCGUGUUAAUUACAGGGCAUUGAAGUACUCUGAACCAAUAGAGGAACUUGGAAACAUCUUGAUCUCCAGAAUGAGAGAAAAUGGAAGCCCGUAUCUUGCUCUCCAUUUGAGGUAUGAGAAGGAUAUGCUUGCAUUUACAGGCUGCAGUCAUAAUUUGACAGCGGAAGAAGAUGAAGAGCUGCGGAGGAUGCGUUAUGAAGUCAGCCAUUGGAAGGAGAAAGAAAUAAAUGGAACAGAGAGAAGGUUGCUCGGUGGAUGCCCAUUAACUCCGAGGGAGACUGCUCUUCUGCUUAAAGGACUCGGUUUCCCAUCCGACACCAGAAUUUACUUGGUAGCCGGUGAAGCCUAUGGAAAUGGAAGCAUGCAAUAUCUUAAUAAUGAAUUCCCUUCCAUAUUCUCACAUUCUACACUUUCCACGAAACAUGAGCUGAAUUCCUUUAAGAAUCAUCAGAACAUGUUGGCUGGUUUAGACUAUGUUGUUGCACUUGAAAGUGAUGUAUUUGUUUAUACGUAUGACGGAAAUAUGGCAAAGGCAGUUCAAGGCCAUCGUCGAUUUGAGGACUUUAAGAAGACUAUUAAUCCAGACAAGAUGAAUUUUGUGAAACUUGUCGAUGAGUUGGAUGAAGGGAGCAUAUCUUGGGAGAUAUUCAGUUCCAAAGUGAAAGAGCUACACAAAGAUCGGAUUGGAGCUCCAUAUCUAAGGGAGCCUGGAGACUUCCCGAAGCUGGAAGAAAGUUUUUACGCGAAUCCACUUCCGGGAUGUAUUUGUGAAACAUCAGAUGAAAAGUAGAGUAUGAAAUGCAAGUUUUCUCAUAUAUUGUUUGUCGGUGCAAGCUUAACUGCUUGCAUAGAACAGCGGCAAUCUCGAGGAUUGGAACAUCAGGUGACAGUUGCUUUACUGGUUGAAGGAGCCUCUGCUUGUAUAGGACACAGCAAAUGCAGAAAGGAUGGUUCUUGCAACUUGCUAUACUGCUCAUUCCGUACAGGUUUUAUAUACCAUUCUUAUAGUGUCAAAAAUGAAAAGCAUACACUCUUCGCCAUGUCUUUUGUACUGAAUCACAGUCAACUAUACAAUUCUGGGAUUUUUUCGGGGUAAAAGUUGGCGGGCCGUGGGGUAGCUUCAUGUUCGGUCCGGGUGCUAUUUUAACAUCACCCCAAAUUGUGAUUACUGAUUUAAUAGUGCUGAAUAUCAAUAAUACGAAUUUCUUUUUUUCAAGGAAAAAACUCUUACAAGUUUUUUUUUGCCA